AUGGCAUUUUCAUCCUCGGAAGCUGGUCAUGGUGGGGAGCCUUACGACCUAGUCUGCGUGGGCUUCGGGCCGGCAUCUCUAGCAAUUGCCAUCGCAUUACAUGAUGCUCUGGAAAAUGCAAAUCAUAGGAAACACUACAAGCCACCAAGGAUCUGCUUUCUGGAAAAACAACAGCAGUUUGCCUGGCAUGCCGGUAUGAUGGUCCCCGGAUCCAAGAUGCAAAUAUCAUUCAUCAAGGAUCUAGCCACGCUUCGCGAUCCACGGAGUGAAUUUACAUUCUUGAACUAUUUAAAAAGCCAGGAGAGACUUGUUGACUUUACGAAUCUGGGAACAUUUCUACCGUCGCGGUUGGAGUUUGGGGAUUAUAUGCGUUGGUGUGCCAGUCGUUUUGUGGAUGUUGUGAUAUACGGUCAGGAGGUGGUGGAAGUUACAGAAGCCGCCAGUGAAACCGGUCCAUCUGGGAAGAUCGAAUCCUUUAUCGUCAAAUCAAGAGACGUCAAGUCUGGUCAAAUGUCUUCGCGGCACGCCAAAAACGUGAUAAUUGCCGUUGGAGGGAAGCCCAGGAUCCCCCCAGGUAUUCCUCACGACCGGCGGAUUCUGCACUCGUCCAGCUACUGUACAAGCAUUCUUGAUAUAUUGAGAGACCCUUCCAGAUCCUAUCACGUUGCGGUAUUGGGAAGCGGGCAAAGCGCAGCCGAGAUCUUCCAUGAUCUAUAUGAACGGCACCCGAAUGUGAAGACCACGCUGAUAAUGAGAGAGUCGGCUCUGCGACCAAGUGACGAUUCGCCUUUUGUAAAUGAGAUCUUCAAUCCGGAGAGAAUUGACGGAUUCUACGCUACCACUGACGAGGAGCGUCAAAAGGCAAUUGCCUCUGACCGUGCGACAAACUAUGGCGUGGUCCGAAUGGAGCUCAUUGAGCAGAUAUAUCACGAUAUUUAUAUGCAAAAGGUCAAGGACAAAGAUCAAGACGGCUGGCAGCGAGUUAUUCUUCCACGAAGAGAAAUUGUUCAUAUUGACCCGAGAGCUACUGAUGGCCGGCUCGCAGUUCGUAUUCGCUCGACCCAAGAUCAAUGCAUUGACAGCAGAGAAGAAGAAGUCUUGCAUCUAGACGCAUUGAUCGUUGCAACGGGGUAUACACGAAGUACGCACGAAGAACUCUGCGCUCCGAUCGAGCACCUGAAACCGCUGCACACAGGCACAGCUUCAAAAGUCAGGGGCUGGAAAGUGAAUCGCAAUUAUAGCUUGGUCCUAGACCGCGACAAGGUCAGUUCGGGCACUAAUAUUUGGCUCCAGGGUUGCAAUGAAAGCACUCAUGGUAUUAGUGAUAGCUUGCUUUCUGUCUUGGCUACACGAAGUGGGGAGAUUGUGGAAUCGAUCUUUGGCGAGUACUUCAAGACACUAAAGGCUGGCGAUCCUGAAAAGAGCGGUGUUCGUUCCAUGUUAUAG